UUGAUUUGACCCAAAUCGCCUGCCGUACAACGUAAAACAAACCUGCUAAAGCUUAGCUUUUUGCUGGCUGCUGUAUUUUUAGUUUCUGUGGCACGGCUGUCGAAUGACUGAUAUUGACGUGUCUGGUGCCUUCGGCUAGCUAAUAUUUGCUAUUUUACCUAGAAAAUUGUCCUUUAGUCGUAACGAAACGUUAACGAGACACAAGUUCAGUUUAGCUAAUUUGCUAGCAAUUGAUAGCAUCUUGGGGAACUAGUGACAGGAUGUCUUACAGGAAAACUCUCAAACUAAUUUGUGGUUUCGCCGGAGGUUCUGCUGCUCUGGUACUGGCGGCUGCAGCUGCCGACUCUCGUGGCUAUUUCGGAGAAAGAAGAACCGAGGCAGACGGUCGCUGGUCAAAACUGUCCGUGCUUCAAGCCGCGCAACCGGCGUGGACUGUUGCGAACAUCACGCCAGUCCCGACUGGACACGCGUGGGACGUCAACUGGGACAAGAGAGAACCUUCUACGCUGUCCAAUGGCAAGAAGAAGGAGAGUGUAACCGAAGAUCCCAGCUCAGAGCAGGACAACGGCAAACCGAAAGCCACACGCAACAUCCUCCUCAUCAGACAUUCCCAGUACAACCUAAGCGGGAGCAGUGACAAAGAGCGAUUCCUCACUCCUUUGGGUCGAGAGCAGGCAGAGUUGACAGGUCAACGUCUGUCAGCGUUGGGAUUGAAUUACGAUGUUCUGAUCCACUCCAGCAUGACUAGAGCCACAGAAACGGCGCACAUCAUCAGCAAGCACCUUCCAGGUGUGGAGCUGCUGAGUUGUGAUUUGCUCCGAGAGGGCGCACCCAUCGAGCCAGUUCCACCAGUCACUCACUGGAAGCCUGAUGCUGUGCAGUACCACGAAGAUGGCGCACGUAUCGAGGCAGCCUUCCGCCGCUACAUCCACAGAGCAGAACCGAAGCAGAAGGAGGACAGCUACGAGAUCAUAGUGUGUCAUGCCAAUGUCAUACGCUAUUUUGUCUGCAGGGCCCUGCAGUUUCCACCUGAGGGCUGGUUACGCAUGGGAUUGAACAACGGCAGCAUCACGUGGCUUACCAUUCGCCCCAGUGGCCGGGUGGCCCUCCGAACUCUAGGAGAUGCUGGAUUCAUGCCCCCGGACAAACUAACACGAACCUGAUUGGCCAAUACGGCGCACCUCCGGGACCGGAGUCAGGAUGACGGGCUGGUCACAGGGUUGAUGCUCAGUUUUCUCCUUAAGUGUCUUUCUUCUGACGUUCAAGUGUUGUUGUUAAACUGCCGCCGUAUGUGAUUGAGGCACUGUUAGUAACGCCAACAGAAUGUAAUUUAUGUUUUUUAUACGAGAGCAAUUCCAAACCAAAAAGUUCUGUAGCUGUAAGCAUUGGAAUUGAAUUGGGUAGUUUUAUUGUCACUGUUAGCAGAGCAAACAAUAGUUAGCAACUUUCUUGGUGUUAAAACAUAAGGAGUUAAAUCAAUCAAUAAAUCAAUCAAUAAAUAUUACAUACAAGUGUGGCACAGUGAUACAUUGAAGCUCAAACAAGCCCAGAGGUUGUUCACCCAAGUUGGAGCUGUCUUCAGUUGUGGUUUCAGCAUAUCAUGCGAGCCACCUAAGUUCACCUCAGUUGACCAGACUGACAUGUUGUUCACUUAAUUGUGCUGUUGCAAGCGUGUGCGUUGCUGCACCUUUUUUCUUCAAUAAAUA